UCAAAUUCAUCAUAUUUAUCAGCAUGAUCUUUAGUUGUUCCACAGGAAUCUGGACCUUUCUUGUCCAGAUGAGCCUGAGCUUCCUUGCUCCUUGCCGCAAGGAUUGCCCCACCAAUCGUCAGGGUAGGCAAGGGAUUAGCUCCACAGAUUAAAGUGGCCAUCUCCAAACCCUGCCUAAUCCCGCCAUCUGUCAGAGAGCAGCAAACCAGCCAAGACUCUCUUCACUGGGCUAAUUAGAAAAGCCAGAAGAGCGCACACCCAAAGAAGGGGGAAAGGAAAUCUUCAAACUUUUCUGUUUAAUAUUCAGCGAGGCGAUGGAGGAGACCUACCUUCUCAGCUAUCCAGGCGUCAAGAAGAAAAUCCUGGCAGGAGGGAAAGGACCUCUGCCUCAUUUCCCACCUGGGACAAAGGUGAUCUUCCAUUUCCAAACCCUGCUGGACAACUUUGAGCGAACGGUCGUCGAUGACAGCAGACUGGCCGGCAGACCGGCUGAGAUCUUUGUCGGAAAGAUGUUCAAGAUGGAAAUCUGGGAGUCCUUGCUGACGUCCAUGCGGGUCGGAGAGGUGGCAGAGUUCUGGUGUGACGCUGUUCACACAGGCUUGUAUCCCAUUGUGUCGAAGGGAAUGAGGCUGAUUGCCCAAGGGAAGGACCCCCUGGAGGGCCAGAAACACAUGUGUGGCAUGGGGAACCUGUUCCACUAUCACUCCACUGGCUUCCCGGAGCUCGACGAGAUAAUGCGAAAUCCUCAGCCACUCAUAUUCAUCAUGGAGUUGCUGCAGGUAAGCUACAGAGUUUUAUUAGAUGAUUUAAAGAUUAUUAGCCCCACAGCAGGCUCAAGUUCACAUAAGAAGCUGCUUUAUGCCUCCAAGCCAGCAGGGGGCGCACAAAAACUCUAUAACAUCUGUCAUAAAUACCUUAUAAGAGCAGAAAGAAUGAAUUUCAGGUAUAAUAUUUUGGUAAAAGUUUUACAAGUCUUGGACUAAAUCUGGUUAACACAAAGUGCAAAAUACAAGAAAAAACAAA